CUACGAGCUAGCACAUAUUAUUCAUCAUCACCAAAGAAGUCUUCUUAUCAUCUCUUACAACUUUCACUCUCCUACCCUUUGCCGGCUUAUUAUUUGCCACUUAAAUUCAUUUCUAGAUGCAUCUAAAUCUUCUAAGAUCUCCUCUUCCAUUACUUUCCAUAAUAUUCAUACUUCUUUGCAAUAAUGUUGAUCCAUCUCCUUCAUCACCACAUCAAUAUCUUGACCCAAAAUAUGAAGCUUGUAUUUUGAACUCAAGCACUUGUGGGAAGUCAGAGCUUAAGAUAUUUUACCCAUUUUGGGGAAAUGGACGUCCUGAAUAUUGUGGUCAUCCCGCAUUUAAGAUUUCCUGUGAUGAAAAGAAUUUGAAGAUAAACAUUAUGUCUCGAACUUACCUUAUCAUCGACAUCAAUUACAACACCAGCAGUUUCAAAUUAGUUCAGGAAGAAUUAUCACAAGGCCAAUGUCCAGGACCAGGACCAGGAUCAUUGGACUUGCAUAAUACCACCUUGGAUUUGGCCCUCUUCAACUACACAUCAACUGUUAAAAAUGCUACUUUGUUCUAUGAUUGUGCUGAGUCGAAACUUCUUGAAAGCGCGCCAUUUAGCUUCUCUUGUGCAGACAGGUACCCUGAUCGUCUUUCUGUUUUUGUGAUAACGGAAAACUGGGUGCACUACCUUGAUGAAAUAUGUAAGGUCAAGUUGUAUGCGCCUGUCUUUGAAAACGCGCUAGAAGGUUUGUAUGAUCACUCAUUGACUGUUGACGAUGUAUUAAAGAGAGGCUUUGAGAUCAAAUGGGUAAUUGAUCAAGGGCAUUGCCAAGAUUGUUACGUCUCAGGUGGAUAUUAUUGUGGAUAUAAUAUAACUUUGGGUCAGUCUACUUGCUUUUGCAAAAGUGGAUCAUAUCCUACAGUUUGUCCUCAUUUCCCAACUGAUCAAGCACCAAAUAAAGGCUUGACCCUGGAAGCUAAGGUCGGAAUAGGAAUAGGAGCUGCAGCUGGCUGUCUGUUCAUCACGAUCACAUUAUUUGUGUUUGUACGAAGUAAAAAAGAUUACCAUUCUUCCUCAUUCUUGCCCUCUCAGAAAAUCUCUCAGCUCUCAACUAGUGUUGAAGAGAAAAGUUCAUAUUUUGGAGCUCAAUUAUUUUCAUAUGAGGAGCUUCAACAAGCUACAAACAGUUUUGAGUUCUCUAAAGAACUUGGGAAAGGAGGAUUCGGCACUGUAUACUAUGGAAAAUUGCAAGAUGGGCGAGAGGUUGCAAUCAAACGUCUCUAUGAAAAGCACAGCAAACAAGUAGCGCAAUUCAUGAACGAGCUUGAGAUCCUCACCCGCCUGGAUCACCAUCAUCUGGUAAAACUCUAUGGAUGUACCACUCGUAGGAGCCGUGAGCUCCUGCUUGUAUAUGAGUAUGUUCCAAAUGGCACGGUUGCUGAUCACCUGCAUGUAAAGCAGCCAGAGUCCAGACCCCUUCCAUGGCCUGUGAGGCUAAGAAUUGCUAUAGAAACCGCGAGUGCUUUGGCUUACCUCCAUGCCUCCGAUGUUAUCCAUCGUGAUGUGAAAACAAAGAACAUCCUUCUUGAUGCUAAUUACUCAGUCAAAGUAGCAGAUUUUGGUCUCUCUCGUCUUUUCCCGUUGGAUGUGUCCCAUAUAUCAACCACACCACAAGGAAGCCCAGGUUAUGUUGAUCCAGAGUAUCAUCAAUGUUACCAGUUAACCAAUAAAAGUGAUGUUUACAGUUUUGGGGUUGUUUUGGCAGAGCUAAUAUCAGGAAAGUCUGCAGUUGACAGGAACAGGAGUCGCCAUGAGAUCAAUUUGUCAAGUAUGGCUACUGACAGGAUCCUAAAACGUGCUUGGACCGAAUUUGUUGAUCCUAAACUCGCAUUUGAGUUGGAUUGUAAGGUUAGGGAGGAAGUGGUUGCUGUGGCAGACCUCACUUUUCGAUGCCUCGAAGCAACCAGUGAUUCAAGGCCUUCUAUGGACGAGGUGCUUGAAUGUUUAAGAAAUGUAAAGGGGGAAGGGAGUAUUGAUGAUGAUGAUGAUGAGAUAAUAGACAUGUCCAAGGACGCGGCUGCUGUUUUCAAUGGAUGUGAAUCACUUACUUCUUCAAAUGGUAGUGGAAUUUAUGAUAGUAAUAAGAUUCACAAGGAUGAAUCUGCAGCUCAUGCAAGUAGCACUAAUUCGCAGAUUUCUGUGCUUGUAAAUGUUUCUUCAGAAACUGUUUGAUUGGAGGAAAUCCAUUCUUUCAUGAGACUAUAAACGGUUUUGAUAUUAUUCUUUUGAUUGGAUACAAUAAUUU